AUGGAGGUUGCCGAAAGUGCAGUCAUCGGGUUUCCGAAUCCGCCGUCCACCACAGAGGGCAUGAAAAUGAAGCACAAAAAGUCGCACAAGUCUAAGCACACCGACGACGAGUCUCGGUCCUCGAAGCGCAAGCGGGACUCGGAAUCGGGGCAUAAGAAAAAUAAAAAGAAGCGUCAAGAAGCCGAGAACGAUGCGAAUGAUGAAUCAACCAUUCGUGACGCAAAUGAGAUGUCUGAUUACAAAGUGGACCAGGGACAGACCGUUGAUGACAACGUAAUUCUCAAAAAUCAAUCUCCGAAAGACACUCGAGAGUCGGUCCAGAAUGGAUCUGGAGAUGCCCCUGUACCCAAAAGCUCUCCAGACCCUACAUCCGAUGCCACACCCAGUAGAGGUCGACUGAGAAAAGUGCGAAGCUUCCGCAUCGGCGGCAAAGACCAGCUCAAAGUUGGGUUCUUCCUCGAAGGAGAAGUCAAGGCACUGGAGGACUUUAAAAUUCAAUUCUGCAAUACCCAUGGCAUCGAAGGCCGUACCUUUGACGUGAUGAUUCAGCAUUCUGAGCGUGGUGGUGAUGAAUGGCCGGUACCAACCAAUAUUUGCACAAAGGCCGAUUUUUGGAACGAUGUAUAUGCACUCAUCCCCGACCGAGACCGCCGGUCCGUAUACCGGUUCAUGCGGCGACAUUUCCAAGAUACAACGCAAAAGGCCCACGACUGGACUCCUGAACAGGACGAAGAGCUUAUCAAAUUACAUGCUCAGCAUGGCCCCAAGUAUGCGAAUAUUGCCAAACUCCUCGGCCGAAGUGAUGAUGAUGUGACUCAACGGUGGAAGAACCGCCUUCAGCACCGGGCUACGAAGCAAACAGGCGUAUGGAGCGAAGCUGAGCUACGAGCAUUUGUGAGCUCCUUGGAGGAGUAUCGAACCCUCCUGAUUGCAUCUUCCGCAGAGCCCGAAAACGCAGGCAAGGACAUCUGGGAGAUGGAUCUGAAAUCCAUCUCAUGGGGCUCAAUCAGCAACGGGAUGGAAAACUCUCGAACUCGUCAGCAGUGCGCGGACAAGUGGCGCAAAAUAUCAAAGAAUAUUAUCUCUUUGCGCCAGACUAUUAAUCCAGACGCUGUCUUUGAUCCUGCCGAAGCAGCAAGGAAACACCAUCGUUGGAAUCCUACUGCCGCGAACGGCAAGAGCAGGGCAUUUGUCGAAGAAGAGGAAGACGACGAUGACGCUUCCGAAAAUGAGGAUGAGGAGACAAGGAUUCCCAGUACAACGCCGGUCAUCAUCCCGAAGCUUGAAUUCGCAGCAGAGUACCAGACCGUGGAUCUAGCCCAAGUUGCGAAAGGAUCCUCGCCUGAAUCGUCGCCUUCGCGUGGAGAUAUUCAGGUAGAUGGCACAUACAGCACAGACAAGCCAACAGAACGCAAGCGCGCCGACGCUGAGGAGUCUGACGAAGACGAAGCCGCGGCUCCCUCUUCACCGAUCUCAGAGGAUUCCCGCAGUGAAGAGAAGAAACUGCGAGAGGAAAGAAAAGAGAGAAAGCGGAAGAAGAGAGAGAAGAAGGAGCGGAAGAGACGAGAGGCUGAAGCUGCUGCCGAGGAUGCCGAGGAGGAUGCUCCUAUCACGCCAAAGGAGAAGCAGCAUAGUACCAAGAAAAGCCGCAAGUCCGGGGCCAACGGCAGUGAGAUGAAUGGAAUCGAGCAGCUCGAGUCUUCAAAAAAGAAGAGCAAGAAGGAUAAAAAGAAGGACAAGAAGGCUGCACAAGGGGAUGAACGUGCGGAUGACAUGAGUGACAUCGAGACUUCUAUGGUUGUUUAA